AUGUCUGGCGAAGCAUCUUCUCUAAAGUCUACUCCUGUAUUGAUCCCAUACACGGGAUUAGCAUGUAUCCUCCCUUCCAGCCAAUACAUUCGGGCCAUCUGUGGAAAGGAAUGCGGAGCUAGGAGCAUUCAGAGGGGCAAAAACACGAGGCUGGAGUGCCGCGGGAGGCAUGCGUCGGCACCUGCACUGAUUGCCCCCUUUCUCCCACAUCACGUACAGUGGGCAACAGGCGUGACUUUAGAAGGUAUCCUUAACUAA